CACCGGUCAGCCGGCCUUGGGAGCAGGGAGGUCUAGCCAUGGAUCGUGGAGGGGCCUAUUCUCGGGCAGGCGGCAGCCCUCGGGGCUGCUGGUAUUAUCUGCGCUACUUUUUCCUCUUCGUGUCACUCAUCCAAUUCCUCAUCAUCCUGGGUCUCGUCCUCUUCAUGGUCUAUGGCAACGUGCACGUGAGCACCGAGUCCAACCUGCAAGCCACUGAGCGCCGGGCCGGGGACCUGUACAGUCAGGUGUUGGGGCUGAUGGCCUCCCAGACCAACCUGUCCAAGGAGCUCAACCUCACUUCCCGCGCCAAGGAUAGCAUCAUGCAGAUGCUGCUGAGUGCCCGCCGUGACCUAGACCGCAUCAAUGCCAGCUUCCGCCAGUGCCAGAGUGAACGGGUCAUCCACACAAACAAUGAGCGAUACGUAGCUGCUAUCAUCGUGAGUGAGAAGCUAUGCCAAGAUCAACUCAAGGAGAUGAACAAGAGUUGCGAAGCACUGCACCUCAGAUCGGGCGAGAUGGCCAAGAAGCUGGAGGUGGAGCUGGUCAAGGAGAAGGUGGUAUGCACCAAGGAUAAGGAAGGCUUGUUGCUGAGCAAGAACGUGAUGGAAGAACAGCUGACCCAGUGCUCAAAAGCCCAGGAACAGCACCAGCAAGAGCGACAGCUGGCCGAGGACAAGCUGCAAAAGGUGCAAUCCCUCUGCUUCCAGCUGGACAAGGACAAGUUUGAGAAUGAUCUGCGCAACCUGUGGAGGGACUCAAUUAUCCCCCGCACCCUGGACUCUCUGAGCUAUGGUGUCUACCAUCCCCUGGGCUCUGAUAUACUCUCCAUCCAGAGAAUGUGUAAUCAGCUGCCCAGCCUCAUGAGCACCAAGGUAGAGGAGCUGGCCCGGAGCCUCAGGGCAAGCAUUGAGAGUGUGGCCCGUGAGAACUCAGACCUCCAACGCCAGAAGCUGCAAGCUGAGCAGAGCCUGCGGGCUAGUCAGGAGGCAAAAGAGAAGGUGGAGAAAGAGGCUCAGGCCCGGGAGGCCAAGCUCCAGGCUGAAUGUUCCCGGCAGACACAGCUGGCGCUGGAGGAGAAGGCCACGCUGAGGAAGGAGCGGGACAACAUGGCCAAGGAGCUGGAGGAGAAGAAGAGAGAGGUGGAACAGCUCAAGAUGCAACUGGCCGUCAGCAACACGGCCCUGGACACCUGCAUCAGAGCCAAGUCGCAGCCGAUCCCAUUGCCGAGACCUGUGGGCCCUGCCCCCAACCCUCCACCCAUCGACCCAGUUAGCCUGGAGGAAUUCAAGAAGAGGAUCCUGGAGUCCCAGAGGACCUCUAUAGGCAAUCCUGCAGCCCCAUCCAGUGGCUGAGGAGGCUCCCCACCCAAGGAGUGAGAGAAGGCCCCCGUUCACUGCUCUGCAAACACAGUGCAGCAAAGUGUGCACGGCACCGGACACAGCCUCCUCCUGCCAUCCCCAACACUGCUGCCAGACCACUUCACACAGCACACCCCUAAUAUUCUGUCAUAGCCCUACACCUGCACCUCACAACCUUUUACCCCUAGACACAGUAAUGACAUCACACAGCCUCAGUGAUGACAUCCCACAGCUGUAGCCAUGCCUUGAGUGGACACAGGGAUGAUGUCACAUAACCACAUCAAUGACACGGCCAUGUUACUCACAGACUACGUUAGUCACAGACAUAGGAAGGACAUCACCCAUAACCACAGACGACGUUAUGCAGGGGAGGGAUUGACGUCACAGACACACGUGUUCGUGUUGUGCCCAGAUGUUGUGCCCAGACAUCAUCCAUAGGCACAGUGAUGCUGUCAUACACAGACAUAGUGAUAACUUCACAGACACAGUGACAAUGUCACAUAUAGGGCACCAACAUCACAUAGGCACAUUUCCCUUUACACAUUUUCUGCCCAAACUUCACCAAUGUCACAUCCCUGCCCCUUCCGCCCUCCAACACAGGCCAAAGCACCACAGCCUCACACCCCAUUCAGCACCGCCCAGGACCCAGGCAUCUCCCAUCCUCCAUCUCUUUAUCUCCUGCUGCUUCCUCACUCCCAGCGUCUGGCUCAGGGUGUGAGAACAGGAAGCCAUUCACCUCCGCUGCCCCAUGAAAGUUUCCGGUCACCCCUUGAGGUGUCCAGGGUGAGGAGCACCCACUGGCCCCACAUACAUAGCCCAAAAGGGAAGCCACCCCCUCGCUCCCUCUCCCUGCACACCCAGCCCUGCCUGUGGCCUUAAUAAAUGCUAGCAAAUCCCU